AUGGAAAUAAAAAUAACUCCGGCGCAAUUUCCUGAAGAUGCGAAAGCCAUUCUCGUUUUGUUUUCCGGGUACGCCACCUCGCUCGACAUCGACCUGAGCUUCCAGUCAUUCCAAGAAGAGCUCGACUCACUACCGGGAAAAUAUGCCUCAUCUCAAGGCGGUGCGCUAUUGAUCGCUCGAGACCAGACUCGAGUAGUUCUCGAGGUUGGUGAGUCGGCUGGUUCUUCUGCCCCGCGAUAUCCCACUGCCCUCGGAUGUGUCGCACUACGACGCAGUCUCGAUGGCUGGUGUGAGAUGAAGCGUCUCUACGUCCUCGAGGAAGCACGAGGAGAGCGACUUGGCGAAAAACUCGUGGAAGCCAUCCUUGCACAAGCUCAAGCUUUUGGCUAUCGUGGUAUCCGACUGGACACUCUGCCGGAGAUGACCGCGGCACAGCGACUAUAUCGAAAGUACGGAUUUGUGGAUAUCGAACCAUACUACGAAACUCCAAUUGAACGGACUGUAUUCAUGGGCUGUGAAUUCUUGCAAUCAUGA